AUGACACAGCUAUCGUAUUUCAAGCCAAGGUCAUGCUAUGCAAAUGCUGGCGUAUGUUGGCAUUUGGUGCGCCGCGUUCUAUCUAAGGACGAGGAGGAGUACAGCCGUGCUUCCGUGACGCCUCAGUUUUACGUCCAGUCUUGGAAUGGUGAGCUGGUUGCGCCCCUCUGGGCGGCCGUAAAUUCUGCAGUUCACUCCAAGCUCGUUCCUUUGGGUGAUACGCCAGACCAAAUCGAACACCGCUGGAUUACCAUAGGUCGUAGCUGUCUUUUCAACGUCGCUAGCGACCGCCUGUGGAGAGAUGCCGAAUGGGCAGAACGAAACUGGGCAGGAGACAAACCCAAGCAUUGGGAAAAGCUACACGAGUUAGCUGAAUUGCUGAGAGUUCGCCUGCAGGGAGUAUCAUCCAUCCCGACGUGGCCACGCAUGUCGAUAUUGCUGUGGACCACUCAUUACGAGCACAAGCCACAUAUUUUAUCCAAUUUGAAAUGUGCUGACGUUCCUACUGCAGCUGCCGGAAAUUUCGCAAUGCUAAAGCUUACCUUGCUUCAAGCAGGUCAUGGAUUCACAUUCAGGCUUUGUAUCAAAAUGUGCUCGCACUCUGCAGUGCAACCUACUGGGUUACAACGUCAGCUCGCUCUGUUCCGUGAGCAAGCUCGGAACAUAUCCGCGCCUCCCUCACACAUGGGCUCUUGUGAUGCUCUUGUUGUGAGAUCACCUUCGUUGCAUCCCGAUGUUUUGCUAGGUAUAGCAAACACUGCUAUGGGGAUCCCGCUGGUGCUGCGCCCGGCGGUACAGAGAGAGCCUUCUGGUGCUUGGAGGGAAGAGAUGGAACUUGUCGACCAGGAAAUGUAUCGCUUGACGAUGUUUGCAGGCUAG